AUGCGCCGCACCGUCGCAUUUGCGACUCAAACACUCACGAUUGCAGUACCCAAAAACCGACGACCAAAAUUUGAUCUACACCUACGAAUAAUCGACCUUAACAACGUACCACUCGUUUCCGGCACAUCAUUUAUAAAAUGGCACCUUUCGCACUCGACGGCCGCCGACCAUCGCGGUCGCACAGAUAGCUGCCAAGUAAAGGACCACAAAGUCGCCUACAACUACGACGUCACUCUCCCCGUCCGCCUCACCGUCGACAAAAAUGGCAUGCUACAGGAGUGUUGUGUCGAAUUCGAGGUCGUACAGGAAUAUGGCAGAGGAUCAGGAAGAGGCGAACGUAUCACAUUGGGGACUGUCAAGCUCAACCUUGCCGAGUACGUGGAGCAAAGCGAGAUGGUGGCCAUGGCAGGCGAGGAGCCAGGCGUAACGAGGCGGUACCUUAUGCAAGACAGCAAGAUCAAUAGCACGCUCAAGCUUGGGAUAUACAUGAAGCAGACGGAAGGGGAUAAGAACUUCAUUGCGCCGGCCUUGAAGACUGCGCAAGUCUUCAGCGGCAUUGCUGGUAUCAUGGCGGGAGAGCAGGCAGAGCUCGAGGAUCAUGGAGUUGCGCCCUCCUUGACGAGCAAAUCACGCGAAGCUGGCGAACUUCAAGACAUGUACCGACGCACCCUCGCUGCAUACUGGUCCGCACAACCCGGUGAGCUCAAAGCCGAUGAAUGCAUCGAGGACAUAUUUGCCGGCGGGGAUGGAUGGGGAGAUCGCGAGAAGCCAUACUCGCAGCAGCCACGAGCUCAGCCCCUGCGGUUCGCAGCAGGUGAUAGCAGCAGCUCCGUGAGCGAGAGCGAGCCCAGACAUAUGCGCGGUAGCAGUAGCUCUCAUCGCAAGUCGCACGAGACGUUGCGCCCUGGAGACAUGAACUCAAACCACUCGCCCAACGUGCGGGGCAGAGGAAGUUUGGAGCAACAAGCAUCGCAGAUGAAGGCGGAGGCUGCGCGGAAACGACAUCGUCCGCACCACGAGGUGGAUGAGUUUGAUUUGCGGGAAGAUCUGGUUAGCUGGCGUCGCCCAGCUUGA